UUGUGUAAGCAUAUUUUUACCUGGUAAAAGUCACACAGAGAGCAGACCCACAGCGCGCCUUCUUUCCUACCGCUCGUCCUCCGCCAUGGAUUACCUCAAAUCAGCAGUUCCUUCUCAACUCUUAACUGAACGCGGCUCCAAUCUGGUUGUCAUCAACCCAGGUUCUGCGAAUAUUCGAAUUGGACUAGCUCAACAGGACACUCCUCUUAAUAUCCCUCACUGCAUUGCUCGACGUACCAGUGGAGCAAAUCAAGUCCCUAAAAGAAAUGUGCUUGAUCAGAUGCUUAAUUCUCAGGUUACAACUGCCCAACACAUGGAACGGGAGAAGGCGUAUGACAUUAUUGCAUCAUUGUUGAAGAUUCCUUUUCUAGAUGAAGAAGUGGCAAACAACUCAUUCCCGCGGAAGAUGGGACGUGUUGAUGGAUAUACUCCACAGAAUAACAGGAAAGAGACAGCAUUUGCUUGGACCAAUGUGUUUGAGAAGAACUCUGAUCCAACUUCAGCAUUAGAAAGUUCAUCGAGUAAAGGUGAAAGCAACGAGCCCUUGGACCAGCAGGAAGUUACUGGUGGCAAGGAGCUUGGUUCAAGUGAGUGUAAGUUCAGAGAGUAUAUUUGUGGUGAGGAAGCUCUAAAAAUAUCCCCCAGUGAACCAUAUUGCUUACACCGUCCUAUUCGCCGAGGUCACUUUAAUAUUUCUCUACAUUAUCCUAUGCAACAGAUAUUAGAAGAUCUGCAUGCUAUUUGGGACUGGAUUUUAAUAGAGAAACUUCAUAUCCCUCACAGUGAAAGGAACAUGUAUUCUGCUAUUCUUGUAGUGCCAGAAACAUUUGAUAAUCGUGAAAUAAAGGAAAUGUUAUCUCUUGUAUUGCGAGACUUGCAGUUUAGCACAGCAGUGGUCCACCAGGAGGGUCUUGCUGCAGUUUUCGGGAAUGGGUUGUCUACAGCAUGUGUUGUAAAUAUGGGUGCUCACAUGACAUCAGUAAUCUGCAUUGAGGAUGGAGUUGCUCUACCUACUACACAGGUGACAUUACGUUUUGGUGGAGAGGAUAUAUCGAGAUGCCUUCUAUGGACUCAGAGGCAUCAUCAAACAUGGCCGCCAAUUCGUACUGAUGCUAUGACAAAGCCUGUAGAUUUGUUGAUGCUUAACAGACUUAAAGAGACCUACUGCCAGAUCAGAGAGGGAGAACUUGAAGCUGUUGCUGUAGUUCAUUCAUAUGAAGACGGCAUGCCAGCUGGAUCUCACAAGACAAGGCUUACGGCUCUUAAUGUUCCUCCUAUGGGUCUCUUCUACCCGAUGCUUUUGAUUCCAGAUGUUUAUCCUUCGCCACCCCGUUCUUGGUUUAAUGACUACGAGGAUAUGCUGGAAGAUACUUGGCAUAUGGAAUUUCCACGAAGAACUGAUAUGUCAGAUGGCUUUUUUCCUGGCAUUAAUGGUGGAUUACCAAUGUGGGAUAGCUAUCCAGUUUUUGAAACUAAACAAAAGAAAGAAGAUAAUAUUGGCCUAGCUGAAGCUAUCACGAAGAGCAUUCUUUCAACUGGGCGUAUAGAACUCCAAAGAAAAUUGUUUUGUAGCAUACAACUGAUUGGUGGAGUGGCUUUAACAAGUGGUCUUAUAUCUGCUGUAGAGGAGAGAGUUUUACAUGCCAUUCCUUCACAUGAAGCAAUUGAUACUGUUGAGGUUUUGCAGUCGAGAACAAAUCCAACGUUUGUUUCAUGGAAAGGCGGAGCCAUUCUGGGUAUUCUUGAUUUCGGUCGUGAUGCUUGGAUACAUCGGGAGGACUGGAUCCGUAGUGGGAUUGACAUUGGAAGCGGCAGAAAAUAUAAGGACUCAUACUUCCUUCAAGCUCAAGCGAUGUGCUACAUAAAUUCCUAAAAGAUGAUGUGAAUUCUAAAAGAGGCAUGUAUCUACUGCUUUCUGGGAGAACUGGCCAUCAAGAAAUGGUUUUCGCGGCUUAUUAGCAGUUAAAAGGCGCGUCCAAAUGCACCGCCGGAAAAUUCUGAGCCUAUUUCCUCUUUGGAUGAGCCGAGUCCAAAACUCUCCCACUAAAGUUAAUGAAAGUAUUGAUGUAACUGUAGUACAAAUUAUAUAGGGUACUUGUGACUAAUUAGCUGGUUCUAAAACUUGUGCAAUCUGACAAAUAUUUGGUGGUAAAUUUUUUUAAUUUCUUGAUGUGUA